UCCCGUUCUAAGUUGCUGACUUGCUAUAAACCCUUUUUCUUCCUUAUGAAUGGUAGAGUAGAGGUUAUUUGGUGUACCCUUAGUUCCCCUCACGGUUUCUACCUCCGGUUCCCCCUCAAGGUCGUUUGGUUUCUACCUCCGGCACUCAUCUCCGACGAUGUGUCGCCCCUCACACCACAAUUCCAUUGCAGCAGACAAUGACGAAAUAUUCAUCAGAUUCGCAAUUUCAAUCUACCUAGCAAAUCGUUUUGGGAGAAACUGACUACUACAUCACAAUUCGCAAUUUCAUAACAGAUUUUGAGUACGUACAAGGAUUUCACAGCAGAUUCAGAAAAAGAAGGUAUUUGUGAGAAUUUACAGCAGACAGAGAACUGGCUUUAUGAGGAGGAGAUGAUGAAUCUGCAAAAUGUUUACGCUGAGAGGCUGCAGGAUCUUAAAAAGUUGGUGGAUCCAAUUGAAAGUCGAUAUAAAGAUGAAGAGGCCCGGCUACAAGCAGCAAGGAAUUUGUCAAACUUGAUAAAGGAAUGCCAGAGAGCUACACUACCAGCUAGUGAAAGAGAAACUGUACUAGCUGAAUGCGCUACAUAUGAUAGAUGGCUCCGAGAAAAAAUUCAGGUCCAGGAUUCACAGCCCAAAAAUAUUGAUCGGAGAUCAACACGAAGCACACAUGAUGAAUGAGUUAUAACUUUCCGCCUAAUUUUUUUUUUAUCUUAAUCCACUUUUGGACAUAUAUUAUAUUUUUGGAUUUGGAUAUUGAUAUCAUGUGGAUGUGGCUAUAGGCUAAAUUUGAUCUUGUUUAUGAUUUAGAUUAAUAUUGAUAUGUAUAUAUAGUAGUUGUUUUUUAGAAGUUUAGAAUUAUGAAUAUUAGUUGAAUUAUUUUGUGAUAUAAAGAAUUUCGGAAGUUUGGAAUAUCAUAUUCAAUUUAUUGGUUGUAA